GUCAGACUGAAGCGAGACGGCGUAUACGCGGUGAUUCGUUAACAUUACUGCUAUCAAGGACUGAACAGAGAAAGGGAGAGCUGUGUCUGUUGUAUCUGAGAGACACUCUUUAUUUCGACUCAAUUACAGGAACUUAACACGAGAUGGUGACAGUAACACUACCAGCAGCACUUUUUGUUGCCUUCUUUCUCUCCACACACUCCGUUUCAGGCUCCUAUCCACGAGCACGAAACGUCACUUGGCAAUCCAACAACUUCAAAACCGUUUUGACCUGGGAACCUAAACCAUCAGCUGAGUACUCCUAUACCGUGGAGUUCUCUGUGGCUGGUGGAGACAAACAGAGAAAUCCUCACUGUAUCCGGUCAUCAGCAACAGUGUGUGAUCUGUCCGGCUCUCUGACGGACCUGAAUGCCUACUACACAGCCGACGUCCUCUCUGAACCACCGAUGGGGGCCACCUCUGACCUUAUUGAGUUCCCCUACACCAGCUCAUCACGAUUCUGCCCCUACAAAGACACUGAGAUAGGAAGACCUGAUUUCAAGCUGGAGGUGAGUGAAGACAGAAAGAAAAUCACUCUGUAUGUGACUGACCCGCUCACCGCCCUCUUUAAAAAUGGCCAGCAGCUGAACAUAAGGGACAUCUUCUCUGAUCAGCUGUAUUAUAAAGUCACCUAUCGGAAAAAUAAGAGCACCGGCAAGAAAGUGUACGACUCUAAAACCAGUACGAUAGAGCUGCCUGACCUGGACCGAGGGGAGAGCUAUUGCUUCAACGUCCAGGCCUACAUCCCCAGCCGCAGCACUGACAAGCAGCUGGGAGAGUUGAGCCAGACCCAGUGCUCCAAAGACUACAACGAGUCCAUCUUUGAAGUGUAUUCAGUGGGUGUGAUUGCUGCUGCCAUAUUUCUCAUCCUACUACUGAUCGGCAUAAUCAUUGCCGUCACGGUGAUCUGCUGCAAAUGCAGGAAGAAAACUACGAAAAGUGAAAAAGAAGAAAAGCCACUUCGGGCUAUAUAGAGUGUGUGCUUCAGCACAUACACUCACACAAUGUGGGAAUAUGCGGUACAUUGGAACUGGACUGAGGCCAGUAGGGAGAGCAGGGGGGCAAAUCUACAGUUGUUCAAAAUUCCACUGUCAAACACUGGAAUCAGUCCUUGCUUUAGUUUCUGUGAAACUAAACCUGAAUAUGUUCAACAUAUUUUAUUCUUUCUUUACCAUUUCAUGCUGCAAAAAAAGAGACCUUAGGAAAACAUUGUUCAAACACUCCUGCUGUACACAUUAGUCAUUCUGCUGAAGCUGUAAUAUUCUAUUCCUUGUCCUCUGUGUUAGGUGAGUGGUAUUCGAUGACUAUAGAUAAACACUACCAACUGAUUUUAUUUAUUUUGUUUUGUAGUGUCCUUUCUAACUUGAAAUGACUGUCAUGCUGGGGAUUUUUGGGAGAAUGGAACACUUUAUGGGAAAUCGAGAUCUUGUAUAUAUUAUUUUUGUAUCUGAUGCUUAAUUUAUUGUUUAAUUGAAAUUAACAUAUUUGUAUAUGAUGAUGUUUUAUACUUCAGAUUGUUGCAGAUCAUUUUAUUACUUGAUGAAAUAUUAAAGGAGUAAUAAACA